AUGCCUUAUACCCAUCGACGGUAUAUUUUGGCUGCUGCUCUCGCCGAAACUGCUCUACUAACAAACGAUUCAUCGCUUCAACAACAAUUUUAUUCACAAGCAGCUGCAUUCGCACAGAAUGGCUUGUCGCUACAAGAGCCAAGUGGUUUCAAUCCAGAGAAGGGCGGCUACGAUUCAAGUUAUAAUGCAUAUGGUUUAUAUCAAGCUUGUAAUUAUUUAGUAGUGUGUCCAGAUUCUAGUCUCCAACAGCAAUUAACAAACAUGUUGUCAAAAUCAUUUGUGUGGCAACUGACACGAAUGAAUUCAGAUGGAAGUGCAAACUUGACGGGUAAUACUCGAGUUACUGCUAUUCCUGGUACAGGUGAAGUCGCCAGAAGUGGUUACGAUAAGAAUUAUGAUUAUAAAGCAACUAUUUACGCAUUUGAAUUGGGAUCUGUUUUACUUCAAAGUGAAACGCUGCACAAUGAAGCACGAUUAGUAGCCAGUUAUGUGGGCUAUAUACAUUAA